AUUUUUGCGGUUUUUCAGCCACUGAAUUUGUUUGAGGUUUCUUGCUCUUGGCUUUAAAGUUCUCUGUGAUGCCUUGUGCCUCUGCCUUAUGGCAAGCUUGUUUGGCAUUCAGCACUUCCCAGGCCCAGAGCAAAACACCUCCUGCUAAAGAUUCUGCUGAAGAAAACAACCCCACAGCUAAAAUUGCAUCUUUUCCUUAUUUUGAAUUAUUUUUUAUUUCAACAGAGGAGAAACCAGCCCAAAUUCAUCCUUCUCUGCUUUUAUUUUUAACGCCAAGCUCCUAUUAAUUGCAUGGAGCUAGAAUAAAAGAAGAAGGAAAAACUAAGUGAUGAAAUAUGAAGAAAUCAUAAUUAAAAAUCAGUGACUUUUCAUGAUUUCUCUUCCUAAAGGGGGGACCCUGUGCCGUGCUGGAGAAGAGCAUGGAGCUGCCAUCCUGAUGCAUACCUGGAUUUGAGACUCAUCACAGGGGAAGGUGCCAGGCUGAGGCGCUAAGUGCUGCUGUGGCAGAUGCUCUUCGGCAGCUGCCAGUGAGACAUCUGCGCUGAGAUGGGGAAGAACCUCCUGGGGUGAAGCCAGCCCUACCACCAAGAGGUGGCCGUGCAUGGAAAGGGGGACCUGACACAAAACCCCUCCAUCAUUGAGUCCACCACCAUGGCCCGGCUGUGGCUCCAUCUCUGCAUCUGCCUCCAGAUCCCAGGUUUCUGUACAAAUCUACUUUUACUCCAGACUCCAGAGCGUAUUUUAGCCCAAACUAACAAUAAAACAGAAAUGCUUUGUGAGGUGAAGAAGGACCAUACUGGGGUGUACUGGUACCGCUGGAGCCAGGAGAGGCAAAAUUUCGAGUUCUUGCUAUUUUCCAACCUGUUGGGCAAAGCCACGUAUGGCACAAACAUCAGAGAAGACAAGUUUAGUGUCCAGGGAGUGAGGUCCCACAGCUCCUACAGCCUGCACAUCAGCCACCUCCAUGCCUCAGACAACGGCACCUAUUACUGCUCCAUCUCCCAGUCCUCCCAGCUCCUCCUGGGCAGCGGGACAUGGCUUGGUGUGGAUGUUUUGCCUCUGCCUCUGAAGACCACUCAGGCACCACCCUUGAAAAAACCCGUGCGGUGCAUAACCGAAAGCAAAACUACCAGCAUGAAAGGUGUCUGCAGCCCCCUGGUCUGGGUCCCACUGGCCACCAGCAUCCUGCUCCUCCUGCUGAGUCUCGUCCCCAUCACCCACCACCUCCACCGUCUGCGGCGGAGGCUGUGGCUUCGUGCCCACAGGCAGUAAAUCCCACUGGCUGCCCCUGCCUUGGGCAGGCAAGGACCCUGCCCUGCACGGUGCUGAGCCCUGCCUGAAUGUGACCCAGGAAGGAUGUUACAGGGGACAGAUGUGGGCUUGUACUACAGGACAGACAUUUCUUUCCUGUGACAGACCAUGACUUUAACAUUUUUCCUCAACACAACAGCUGGCAAAAGAACCAGGCUGGAUUCUGCAGUCUGCUGAGCAUUUCUCAAGGGGCACUGAACAGGAUGAAUGCCACGGCUGGGGCCACACUGGGGGCACUGCAUACCAAAGGGAUUCAGAUGGGCUGUGAAAAUGCUGUGAACUCACUGAAUCUCCUCUGUGUCCGGCUGUACAGCACGAAGGUGCUUUCGGUUUGCUCCUGCUGAGGCUGGCUAAUAAGAUGAACACUUUGAGAGCAACCAGCAGACACAGGGGCAGAUCACUGCACAACUUGUAAAGGCCCUGUACAGGCACAUGUGGCAGCAAUAGUGACUGUAUUGCUUUGCCAUUUUGCUCUGCAGGCUGGUGUCAUGUGGCCCUGCUCAGUAAAGGGCCAUGGUUGUGUGUCAAGCAAGGAACCAUAGCCUCUGCCCAAGAAAGAGUUAAAGCAGAGAAAAGUUCUGGGGGGAGCAGGUCUGGGAUCGUAUCUUCUCUCAUGGGAGACAGCAGACAGCCAAGAGUGGGAGAGGAAAGCCAGACAAAGUGAUGUACACAAGGUCAAACACCUGGUGCAGCUUGAAGGCCAACAUCGCCUCUGAGAACAAACAGGCAGCCGAAGGCUGGCCUGGAGCCCAGCAGCACGGCACAGACCGCAAGAAUUGCCCUGAGUAAUGCCCGUGUGUGUGCUGAGCCCCAUAGAGCUGAGCCCUGAGCAAUGCUUGCACAUCCUGAGCUGCAAGUGAUGCCCACAUGUGCUGAGCUCUGAGCAAUGCCUCUGUGUGCUGAGCCCCAAGCAAUGCCUGUGUGUGCUAAACCCUGAGCAAUGGCUACGUGUGCUGAGCCCGGAGCAAUGCUUGCAAGUCCUGAGCUGCAAGUGAUGCCCAUGUGUGCUGAACCCUGAGCGAUGUCUGUAUGUGCUGAGCCCCAAGCAAUAUCCACGUAUGCUGAACCCUGA